ACGUUUGCAGCCAGACUAGCCAUGGCAGAUACAGAUGCUUUGGAUUUCACCCGCUCAGAGCUGAUGACAGCAAGCUCUGAUGAUUCAGAACUAGAAUCCGAAGACUCCUUUGCGUCUAGAAGCUAUGAGGAAGAAGACCUGUACAGCUCAGAGUCUGAGAUGGCCACAGCCGUGCACAGCAAUGUGGUGCUGGAGGAGGUGGGUCCAUCAUUCUCCAGUCUCUCACUGGACCUGCUGGAGGGGAGGGGAGGAUUGGAGCAGCCAGGGACGCCACAGUGCACCAAACAAGAGAUCAUCAGACAGAUCCAUUUACGUCAACAUAUUGAUGGGCUGAGAAAGAACUUGAAUGACAAGGAGACUAAAGUUGAAGAAAUCAGAUUACAACUGGUACAUUGUAGAGAGCACUUGAACAGCCUGCUGAGAUGCCAGUCUGACCUCCAGGCCCAAGUGACUGGUCCUGGUGGUGACAAGGCUGCAUCACUGGGACUGCUCAGGUCACAACUAGACAAAGUGGCAGUGGAAGUGGACUCUAAGAGAAAUGUGGAGCUCAACAUACAAAAUGACCUUCGACAAGGUGAGCUGGAGUUGUGUGAGGCACAAGCAGCUAUGGGGAGGUUUGAAGAAUCAGAGGUUCGUCUUGUCGAGGGGGAGGAGGUAACAAAGGAGGUGAAGAUGAGGCAAGCCGUCAAGAGGCUAAAAGCUGAGAACAAACUCGUAGUGGAAACAGAGAGAGCUAGAAAAGCUCAAGAAAGGUUUCUGUGUGAGACACAGCGUGAUCAUGAGGCCCAGACGAGGGCGCUGGUGGAGGAGGCACGAGAGACACAGGAGAAGGGGAGACAGUUCUUGCACGCCACCAUAGGCAGGCGGAGGAGAGAGGAGGCAGCAAAGGAGGAGAAGGAGAGAGUGCGGCUGGACAAACGGGUCAAGGCAUUGCUCAGUCUCAAGAAAAACAUUGACUCCAGUCACAGCACGUUACUGGCUCAGCAGAUGCUCAAGUCUGAGGGUGCCAAGAAGAAGGCAGUUAAGGACAGGAUAGAGAGGGAGAGGAUUCUCUCAGAGGGGGGCAAUCCAGACCAGGCAUUUCUCAGGAAACAAAGGAUUGAGUCAUUUGAACUGAGCAAAGAAGCUUUCUUAAAGAAACAAAAUGAAGGGAAGGUUGAGAUUAUCAACAAACUGUUAGAAGAAGAGAAAAUUCUCAAAAAAAGUGCAGCAAAAUCACAUUCGCACAGUCCACAAGAAAGCUCCCGUAAACUCUCAAAAUUGAAAAAGACCAGCAAAACAAAUCAGCUCUCUACCACCACUCACGAGGAGGUCCCUACAAUUAGAGACCCUGAGGACAAACUCAUUAGUGUAUCAGGAAACGAUGAGCCUGUGCUUGGUUCCCACGGACUGCCCUCAAGCCAUGGUGAUGGAGUAUCAGGGCGUGGUGAUGGCGUAUCAGGGCGUGGUGAUGGAGUAUCAGGGCGUGGUGAUGGAGAGGCUAUUCUAGUUGAACCAGAUAUCCGAGGACUGUGGGAUCAAGGUCACGGUUCAGUGAGUGUAGUCAAGAGAGAGCGUAGCAAGGUGGAGGUGGAGAUGAUGGAAGAGGCGCUGGAUAAACUAAAGAGGAGCAAUAUCACCAAACAAGUGGUCGCUGGCCGAGAGUUCAAGGGUCAAGCAUUCACCAGUAAGCCAGCUGAGGUGGUCUUCAAGGAUUUUGAUGUGGGCCAGAGCUAUCGUAGGAAGGUAACCCUCACCAACGUUUCCUACAGCUUCAACUACUGCAAGCUGGUGGGGGUGACUGAUAAUCUGAUGGAUUUCCUCUCUGUUGAGUUUAACCCUCCUGGCUCUAUGUCCGCUGGCCUCACCUGCGCUAUGGUCGUCACCUUUGAACCUAAGUUGAAUGAGGAUAUUCAUGGUCACAUAGAGAUGCUGUCUCAGACUGGGCCCUUCACUCUACCAGUGGCCUGCCUCACCAAGAAGUGCCUUAUCUCUGCUGAUUGUGUCAUGGUUGACUUUGGCAGAGUUUGUGUGGGGGAGACAGUUCACAAGACUGUCACUCUCACCAACACUGGGGCAUUGUCUACCAACUUCAAGUUUAUAUCCAAAUCACAGCUCUUACAACCUUCCUCAAAUGCCCCCACAGAGAGUGUUGGUGAGGAGCUGGUCUCAACUGGUCCUCUGUCAGACAAGAGUGUGCACAGUAUCAUGAGCAAUGUGGACCCACGCUCUAGUAGGAUGGACACACUCACUGUUGGAGGGGCAGAGGGGAAGAUGACUCGUUCAGUUGGUGACUUGAGUUGUGUUAGUCACAAGUCCCUCACCUGGGCUAUUGAGGAAGCUGGUGGGGAGGUCCCUAAUCAAGAGCUCAGUGAUGACACUCAUAAAGGUAGCCACCAAGAUGGAGAGAGUAAAGGUGUGCCAGAAGUGCCGUGUGCCUUCAGUGUGGGUGGAGUGGGCGUGGGUGAGAUCGCUGGGUUAUCCUCCGUGGGUCUGGAGCUAGUCUACUCACCCACCACCCCUUCACAGGAGAGGUCAGAGUUCAUCGUUACAUUCUCUCAUCCAUCAGUACCUCCACUGGUGUUGACUGGUGUAGGUUGUGGUGGAGAGCUCCCUGUGUGGCUGGAGAGGGAGACCAUGGACCUGAGGGUCUGUGUGCUGGACAGACUCUAUCAGGACACCAUCACACUGCACAACAGGGCCUCUACUGCUCUCAGAGUGACCUUCCGAGUGUCCCCCUCCCUCCAGCCCCACAUGGAGGUGCUCCCUAAGUAUGGAGUGGUCCAGGGGGAGUCCUCGUACAGUGCUCAGCUCAAGUUCACCCCUAAAGCAUCCAUCCUGGAGUGGGAGGGGCUAACAGAGGAGGGGGCCCUCAUCAUGCCAGUGGAGGUACACGUCGUGGAUCAGACCCAGCCACUGCUAUUCACAGUGUUAGCGAUGGUGACUCCCUCUGAGCUCACCUUUGAUCAUGACUCCAUUGACUUUGGUCCCUGCACCACUCACGAGAGUGUAGUAGCCACCCUGCACAUGACCAACACAUCACUGCUAGCACAGAGCUUUGGUUUCCUGAGUCUACCAGCCUUUGUGGAUGUUCAACCAGGGGAUGGGUUGGGAGAGAUACUGCCCCAGGAGACCCUGGCUGUGGACCUUGUGUUCAGUGCCAGGAAACCAAGAGAAUACUCCUUUGAGCUGACCAUCAAAACUGCCCUCGAUAAGACGUACAAGAUCCCGUGUCGUGGUGUGGGCGUCCUCCCAGCACUGGAGCUAUCUCACAAUGCCAUUAACUUCUCAGCCACUGCUCUCGGGGACAGUGCUACUACCAGUGUCAGAGUGAGCAACCCUCGACAAGGCCGCCUCUCCAGUGCUGUGAUACGAGGAGCUCUGUUGCCACAAGGUCCCAAGAUGUACGAGUUCUCUGUUCCUCCUGGCUGUCCGUUUACUGUGUCCCCGCAAGUGGGAGAAGUGCCUCUAGGAGAGAGUGUGAGUGUGAGUGUGGUAUUCUCCCCUUGCCUGGACCCGGGUGCUGUGAGGGAGGAGGCAGUGAGGAUGGUACAGGAGGAGCUGCUCAGAGCCACACAGGAGACUGCUAGACUGGAGAGGGAGAGGAUAGAGCUGGAGAGACAACAACAGUCUGCAAAGAAGAAAGGCAAGAAGCCUGCAGCUGAUACCCCUAAGCUGGCUCAGAGGAGUGGUCUACUGUCUGCUAGUAGGAACAGUCUCUCCAGCCCACAGCCUAAAGUGCCUGCAGUGGUCAGCAGCUCCCCAGAGCCUCCGGAGGAAGGUUCUGACUUGUGGCGCCAGGCUGAGCAGACACUGUUGAGGCAGUUCACUGAUUUGUGUCUGCAAAUGUCCAUCCCUUGCUUUGUGUCCAGCGAGACCUUCUCCACCACCAGCCUCGACACUCCAGCUCACAGGGUUGGGGACACACUGUACCUCGAGGUGACAGCUCCAAUGGUUAGACCAGCACUAGUCCUGGACACAGACCACGGCAAUACCAGCAUCGACUAUGACUCAGUUGGCACAGGUGAUGCCAAGACUAAGAUGAUUGCUAUCAAGAAUAUUUCUGAUCACGUUCUAAAGUUACAAGGCUCUGUACUGGAUCCCCAUGGUCCGUUUGAACAGAGGAAUGCCCUGAAGGAGCUCUCCCCAGGACAGAGUAGGAACCUCAUCAUCAGGUUCUCACCUCUCAAGAGAGGCAAGUUCUGUGAGCACCUUGUACUGACCUACAAUGACACCUCUCACCUUCGCUUGAAGCUCUCUGGCACUGGAGUACAACCUGACGUGCGCCUCACUCCAGACACCAACACCUAUGAUCUAGGUCAUGCUAUGGUGAGAGAUACAGUCUCUGGAGUGCUGCAGUUGACCAACCAUUCUCCCCUGGCUGUGAGGUAUCAACUCAGCUUGGAGAGCUCUCUACCUGGGGCAGCUGAGAGAAGAAAGAAAGAAGGAAGGCCUUUUAGAGCCUCUAACUUCAGUGGUGCCCCACCAUUCGUGUGUGUCCAGACUGAGGGGGUGAUCGAGGGAGGCGGAGGAUGCAGUGAGCUGACUAUACUGUUCAGUCCAGACCACCAGAGCUCUGCAUUCAGGGACACUGCAUACAUUGACAUCAAUGGACAGCGGAAAUUCACGAUUCAGCUAAAAGCGAAGGCGUGGACCAACAACAUGUAUGUGUGUCUACCAGAUGAACCACCCCCCCUGAGCAAUGAACUGAACAGUGAGGAAUCAAUGGCAGCCUCUCCACCUCUCCCUGGCAAGAAACAUCCUGCCCCUGUCUCACUAGUCUUGCUGUUCACGCACCACCUGAGCAGCGUAGGGUCGGGAGACAGUCUGAGAGUCUCUAGCGCCAACGAGGGAGGACUGAAGAAAGGAGGCAACAAAGGCAAAGCAAACACUAUCACCAUCAGUGAAGUCUCUGAUAUCAAAGUGGAGAGAGAGCUAGCUGUUGGAUGCAUAAAGAGCUCGCUAGUGAAAAAGACGUCUGGUGACUUCUCCAUAGAUGCCCUGUCAUCAUCUCAUCCUCACUCCAAGUACUUCACCAUCAGUCCCCUCAAGAUGAGCGUGGAGUCUGGGUCCACUAAGACUGUCCUCGUUACCUUCUCUCCACCCAGGGACACCUCACUCAGCACUGUACAAGCUACCACUAAUAUGACACUAAAAGGAGACACAAGUCAAGUAUAUCAUCUGCUGCUAAGAGGACUUAUUUGUGAAUAGCUAGCUAGCUAUAGAAUUUCAUUAGCUGCAUAGUUGUCACCUAAUCUGCCAUUCUGUCACUUCUGUUGUGGUAAAUCUACAAUUAUUAAACUG